UUUCCAGCCGACAGGGGCGCUGCUGAGUCCAGCGAAGAGGCCACCUCCCAGCUUAGCAGUGAUUUGUCCCUGCCCGGCCGUCGUACUUGUAGUCCUCCUGGCUUGCGGCCUAGCCCUUCUGGCGAAGAUGGCGGCCGCCUCGGAGCGUCUUCAGCCGGAAGCCACCAGGCCCUUGCUGGGCCUCCUGAACGGCAUCGCCCAGGCUUUCUAUUACGGGAACGCGGAGAUCACUGAGGAGCUGCUGCGGGAUCAGCUCUAUCCGGACCUGGCGCCGCAGGAGUUCCGGGCACUGCGGGCCAAGAUGACGGGCAUCGUCAAGUCAAUAGCUUCAGCUGACAUGGAUUCCAACCAGUUGGAAGCUUUUUUAACUGCUCAAACAAAGAAACCAGGUGGCAUCACAAACGAUCAAGCUGCAGUCAUUGCAAAAUUUUGGAAGAACCACAGAAUGAAAAUUCAAGACAGCCUGAUAAAUCAAAGUAGGUGGGGAAAUACCUUGAAAAACAUAAAUUGGAGAGUGGAUAUAAAGUCACAGUCAAGACACAUGGACCAGUUAAAUAGUCCUGUGGCAAUAGUUGAAAUGGAACUCGGAAAGAAUGGACAGGUCCCUUACAUCAGGACACACCCUGAUCAAAGAAGUUUUCCAGGGGAGGUUGCCAAAGUCAGGCUCCAGCACCAGAGUAAUGACAGCCACCCUCCCCUGCUCCAGGGCUCAAGGGGGAAGGAGGAGGAAUCUGAAUUUUUAACUCUGGAGUUCGAUGAGAUCAAACUAAACCAAAUGUUGAAGAAACUUUCAGAGAUUGAAGGCAGCAUUACUUCCCUGACCCAAGCAACCUAACUUUUGAGCUAAAACAUUGUGCAUUUUGCAACAAGAUUGAUUUCAGUAAAGACUGGUAAUUAUGUUUGGCCAAUGUGCUUGCUUUAACAAUAUUUUAGAGCUUCAUCUAAUAUUGAAAUAAAGCAGACAAAAUCUAACAAUAACUUGGGGUUGAAAUAUGCAAUAGAAGUGUUCGAAGUUAAUUUUGUCCAUCAUAGUAAAUUUGGGCUCGAUUAAGAUAACUAGGUGUAGUUUGCAGGAGGUAUUGCUAUUGUGCACUUGAAGAGCAGCAGAGAAAGAAGGCUCCCUUGUCUCAAAUAAAGAAAAAAGUCAUAACAAAAUGACCUGAAAGAAAUGUCCAUAGAAUGUGCUAUGGAGCGAUCAAAGACACAAGCUCAGUUCAGACACUUCCUAAUCAAGGGGUGCAGCUAGCAUGGGGAACGGGCAGCUGCGUGCCCCAUCACCCUUCCUAGGGAUGCCAGGUCCCCCUACCCCCAGGGGGGUGGUUGGAGGCCUGACAGCUACCUUUUUUGUUUCUCGCAUGCACGCACUGUGUCUGCACGCUCCUGGCCUAGAAGUGACAUCAUCGUGCCAGGUGGCACGUUGCCUUCCGGGAAGUGACAUCAUUGUGGAGGCCACAUGCCGCCUGGGAGUGCUCCGGCACUCCACAGAGGGCCAAAUCAAGCCUGAUUCAGCCUGAUCCAGCCCUGCGGUGUCCUGAUUCGACCCAAAUCGGUCUGCUUCAGAGAAUGGGAGUGCUCCCGCCCUCCACAGCAGCCCAAUUUGGCCCAAUUCAGCACAAAUCUGUCCCAAUUCAGGCUGAAUCAGGCCCAAAUUGGACUGCUGCAGCACACAGGAGCACACUGUGCCACCUAGGAGCACACCCCGCGAGUGUUCCCUACCCGCUGGCCAGGUAAGCGGGGUGGGAGUGAGGGAUUCCCUGCCCCCAGUGGGAGACUGGCAACCCUAACUCUACCAUAUGCACUAUAACAUGUGGUGUGUAGUGGAAGGUGUACAAGCCUACGGAGCCAGGUGAGUUCCAGCACUGGCAACAUCAAGAGCUCCCAUAGCAAUUCUUCUGUUACUGUAGUAUCCUUUCUGAAUAUUCUAAAUAAUUUUGCUUCAUGUAUUCACUUGUACUUACACAUUCACAACUGGAAGCAAUUGUCAGACCUUAUCAGGAAAGCAAAAAUGCAAGUGUACUUUGACUUCCUUUGCCAGUGUUGUAAUAAAAGUUCAAAAUCC